UGUGAGAGAUCAAAUAAAAUUAGUGUGACUUGUGGAGUAGAAUUUUUCCAAACCACGUAAAAUCUUUAUCUUGUGUGAUUGUCGUUUAUUUUUCUUGUUCUUGUUUAUUCGCGUUUGGGUUUUGCUUUCGUUGUUGACUCAACAAUUCCAUCAGAUUAGCCUCAAACCUUCCGAGCCUUAUUAUCCUACUUGCACAAAAAAUCAUCUGAAACAAACCAUGGUGACUCUCAGUGAUCUGCCUUCUCCCUCAGCGGCUUAUGCUGCGUACGCCUCAGUUUCAGCGUCUGCCAUGCUCCUUCGGACCACUUUUAACCAAGUAGUUCCUCGCCAGCUUCAAGAUUUUCUGCUCAAAGCCUUUUUCCGAAUCUUUAAGCGCACCAACACUUCUACUCUCGCUCUCGUCGUGGAUCAGUUCGAUGGCAUGUCACGUAAUGAUCUCUUCGAUUCCUUUGAAAUUUACAUGUCUACGAAGACUAAUCCCAAAACAGAACGUCUCAAGAUCGCGAAAAGAUCCAAGGACAAGCAUGUGAGUAUCAAAUUAGCGCAAAAUGAAAACAUAGUUGAGUUCUUUCAAGGGAUUAAGAUCAAGUGGCUAUUUGUUUGCGAAGAAUCGGAGAACAUGCCUGGAAGAAACAACGGUAGGAACGGUUCAAAAUACCCCAAUGAGUAUGGAAAUCGUCCAGGGGACUCCAAAACUAAGAAGUGGUUCGAGCUUCGAUUCGAGAAACUACACAAGGAAACUGUCAUAAAUUCCUACAUACCAUUCGUCCUCGAAAAAACAAAGGCCAUUCAGAAUGACAAGAAAGUUGUGAAGCUUCACACACUGGGGAACAAAGCCUUAUACUCAGAAGCUCCUGCUUGGGACUCCAUCAACCUAGAGCAUCCAUCUACAUUCGAGAAAUUGGCAAUGGAGCCCAGCGAGAAGAAAGCCUUGAUGGAUGACUUGGAUUUGUUUGUGCAGAGGAAGGAGUAUUAUAAGAAAGUAGGAAGGGCCUGGAAAAGAGGUUAUUUAUUAUACGGGCCUCCCGGGACGGGGAAAUCAAGUUUGAUAGCUGCCAUGGCUAAUUAUCUCAAGUUUGAUAUAUACGACUUGCAGCUAAUGAAUGUCAAGCAUGACUCCGGCCUCAGGAAAUUGUUGCUGGGGACUGCCAAUCGAUCCAUCCUUGUCAUCGAAGAUAUUGAUUGUAGUGUAGAGUUGCCGGAUAGAAACACUAAACCAGUGCCCUCUGAUCGCCAACCUCGCGAUUUGCAGUUUACACUAUCAGGACUAUUGAACUUCAUAGAUGGGCUAUGGUCAAGCUGUGGAGACGAGAGGAUCAUAAUCUUUACGACCAACAACAAGGACAAGCUUGAUCCUGCAUUGUUGCGUCCAGGGCGCAUGGACAAGCACAUUCACAUGUCUUAUCUUUCCAAUAACGGAUUCAAAACAUUAGCUUCUAAUUACCUGGACAUCAAAGACCAGCAUUGGCGGUACAGAGAGAUCGAAGAGCUAUUAGGAAGUGUUCAAGUCACACCAGCUGAAGUUGCGGAAGAACUCAUGAAGACUAAUGACGCCGAUUUAUGUCUGGGAGGACUCGUCAAUUUUCUCAGAGGAAGGAAGAGGGGAAGGAGCGUCGAGAGCAAGGAUGAUGUGGACAGCACGGAUGAGACUCAACCGGUCCCAGAAACCAAAAGAAUAAAAGCUAAUGGCCGGCAAUGAUCUAGCUUUGGCAAUGGAUAAGUCUUUCACUUCUGUAAUUACUAGUAACUGCUGUAUAAUAGGCAAAAGAUAAGUCCUCUCUGGUUGUCUAUCAACCGACCACAGCUUCGAAACAACUUAUCCAAAGCUAUAACAAUAUGAGUUUUUAGGUCCAAGUAUACUACAAGGGGGUUUAAUACAAUGCUUACAUAAAUUUAUUAUUUUCA